AAUUUGGAAGUAGUGGCUGAGCAUGCGCCCUAAUGUUCCACUGAACAAGGGACCUCGGUGAUCAGUGCAGGGUCCCAGCGGUUGGACCCCACUGAUCAGCUGCUUAUCUUGGGAUAAGGGGAACCUCAUUCAGAGGUGCAUGAGGAGAAGAUGCUGUAUAAAGUGGCAUUCUAUUCUUACAGGAUACAAAGCAAAUAUUUUCAGGGGACAGUGAGGACUAUGAGUCAAACAGCAAUGGACCGUAAGGUCAGCACAGGCCAGUGCAAGAACUUUACGUGGGUCCUCUUCCAGCAGAUUCAUGUAGAGUGAGGCCCUAGAGCGCCCCCCUUCACCGUAGCCUUUACAACUGUGCCAGUCUUUCUGUUGGAUUAUAAUGUAACUAGGCCUUGUGGGAAUUAAUGACAACAUUCCUUACCAGCAACCUAAUAGAUAGUAUGAGGUCCUAUUAUUUUUUUAAGAAAGGCAUUGUUCCUCCAGUCCUUCAGGACCCCCAUGCCCACAUGGCUUUAAGUUUUCAGGACCUCUUCUGUUCCGGGUCUGAAGAUUUUGAUGAUGAGGAUUUCGUGUCUGCACUUGAAGAUGUAGAGUCCAGUCAGGGUAACCAUGAACCAACAUCUGUCAAUCUUAGGCCUAUCCCUAAAUACACUAUUGAAGUGUCAGGGGCAGGAAAGUCCUUACCAGUGCAGCAUAUGACUAUUGCUGAUAGAAGUGUGAGAUCUUCAGAAACACUAAAUGCACCCCCCGCAGUCCAGGAAGUGGAUGAUGAGGAACUUUUGUCUCUCUGCAGCGAGGUAGAGGCUGAGGUGUCUCAACAUCACCGCCAGGUACCAAAACCUCAUCUGCUUCUCAGACCAGUUAACCAGGACAUUGGAAAAGACUCAAAUAAUUCUUCAUUCCAGUUGCGACCACCUCGAAGUAACAAUGAUGCAGGAGUCAGACAUUGUCUGAGCGAUAUCACUGCACAGUCACAGCAUCCAAGUUUCAUUGCUAACCAUAAUCCCAGUGUUCAUCUAAGUGAAAAUGGACCAAGUCAAUCCCCAGGACCAAGUGCUAAGAGGCCAUGUUUGAGGCCUGGUGUGGAACCCCAGCCUGUUACCCCUGUGAGAGGUGGAAGCUUCACUCACUUCUCAAAUUCUGCUUAUCCCCGUCCCAUUGUGUCGCCCAGUGCAUCAGGCUCAGCAAACACAUGGCAGACUGGACCUACUAACUCGCACCCAAUACCAAGAACUCCUCUUUCAUCUCCUCGUCCAAACACACCAAAUACUCUGCAGACACCGGUGGUCACCAAUCAUCUACUACAGCUAAUGACAGCAGCUAACAAGACCCCUAAGAAUUUGCCAUGGGAGACCCCUCCACCCAAAGAGAGGAGAUUUCCAGGACCAGCAGGACUCCUUCCACAGCAGGGCAGUGGCAGAAAGCUUGAUGAAAUCCUGGUGUCCACUCCUCACACGCCGAGCCACGGAGCACGUGCUAAGCCACAUAGUAAUAAAGGGAGAUCCUCACAGCAGCAAACAGAAGAUCAGUUUAUCAGAGGUCCCUGGGCCGCCAUGAAAGCCGAGCUGUCAUUGGAUGAAAAUGACCCCACUUGCUUCCUCCGAACAUACAGCGUGGUCAUGGUUCUGCGCAAGGCAGCUCUCAAGCAACUCCCGCGGAACAAAGUCCCAAGAAUGGCAGUGGCCCUUAAAACGCUAACCCCGGCCAACGGAGAUGCUAGUGCAGUGUUCAGAGACCCAACAGGAGAUAUUCAAGGCACCGUCCAUCAUCUUCUACUAGAAGAGCGAGAGAGUGAACUAAAGAUUGGGAGCAUUCUCUUGUUAGAACAGGUCGGAGUGUUCUCACCGUCUCAUCGUAAUCAUUAUCUUAAUGUGACCCCAAGCAACUUGGUAAAAAUCUAUCCCCCUCUAGAGGAGGGUGUGAAAACCAAGGGACCACAUGAAGUGGAUUUUAACAGCAACCAAACACGGUCACCACUCCAUCCCUCAUCCAGCAGAGACCAGCCCAGUGCUGCACAGAGACCCUCUCCCCCUCACUCCAGCACUUCACAUCCCGGAGUCUCCCAGUCAACAGAGUCUCACCCAUCCUCAAGAAGUCUUCACCCUGCAAGAUCUCUUCCUUCCUUCAACACUACAUGCUCAAGAAACACCCAACCAGCACUUUCUCACCCACCAUUCAGCACAGAGCAGCCAGAAACCCCACAGGCAGACUGGGAAUUGGAUGAUCUUGACUCGCUGUUUUGUGACCUUCCAGAAGACUAACAUGUGGCUUUCAAACCAAAUAUCACCAGUAUUAUAGCAUUGGCCGGAAUCUGUCGAUGCACUGGCUGCUGGGACCUGUAAAUAAAUAAGACUGAUGGUAUAUACUAGAAGGAUUUGAACACUGCCUCAGUGAUCUCGAUUCUCAAGAGCCUCAUCAUACUUCAGUUUUUGUCAUUGUAUAUUGUGAAUGGAGAGAGCAGCCGCACAUUGUUACAGCCCUUCUGAUCUCUCUAUAUAAAAUACAGACUGGUAUAAGUGACAUCUGUGUUCUACUGACAUUGCCAAGAGUUGCAAUUGAAGCAAUCCCAGCCCUAAAGUAAUAAAUGUCCCACUGUUAGUGAUCAGAGCGGUGUUACCCAACCUGUGGCUCACUGGUUGUUGCCAAAGUAUGUGGGAGUUGUAGCUUGGCAACAGCUUAAGAGCCUUAGGUUGAGGAACACUGGAUUAGAGUAAUAGACACAUAUUAAAGGGUAAUGCAGUACCCCCAGUUGUGAAGCUAGUAUUCCCAGCAUGCCCUGCCCAGUGGUUAUGCAGUAUUCGUAUAUCCAAAGUAAUGUGGAUGAAAGUAAACAGGAAUCUAGUACUUCUGGUUUUCUAGCUUGAUCACCCACAUUCAAAUACAUCCAAUUUGAGUGUCGGCGACAGUAAAUGGUUAAGAGUCCAUAUUUUUCUGUAUAAGCUGUAUUCUGAGCUGGUUUAAUAAAGUUAAUGGAAAUGUU